AUAAUCCGUUCUGAAUUAAGAGCGUUUAAAAUGAAACCCUCGUUAGUAUAAAUAUUCAUUUGCGGAUGUAAUAGUCAGCUGUCGGUCGCGACAAAUCAUCGGUACUUGAUAAACGACAAAUAAUAUAUUAGUAAUAUUAAAAGUCGUCGUAAUUCGAUCCUUGGACGUGGUCUGUUAGACACACAAACGAGGUUAUGCGCUUGUUAUGUGAACACUGCUACACAAAGCCUCAUUCGCCAGAUUAUUUCGAUAAAUAUUCCAUCAAAUUAAACGGACAGCAGUUGUGCCGUGCUGUUUUGAACCCUGCUGUGGUGAAAAGUCUGCCCAAUAAAGUGGGAAAAAUUCUGAAGAAAGCAUUCUUACCCAUGAUCGUACAAGCAGCCAAAAAAAGAGAGGAAAAAUCAAAACCAGCUACAAUGCCUCCAACUUUUAUCAAGCGCGAGGAUGAUAUGUCGAAUCAUGCAACACCAGAGUUGGAGAUAGAACCGUUAAACGAUGAUCACGUGAUACAAGCAAAAGUUGAUGUAACAAAUACACGAAAUAUAGCUUUAUCUGAUCAUAAUAAUGUCAAAAACAAGAAGGACAUUAACGAUCAGUUAGACUUUUCUGAUGACAGCGAAGAAGAUUUGUCUGAUCAUAAUAACGAGCCUGUUGAACCAGCAGUUACGAACAAUAGAUAUAUAACAGAACAAGACGGAGCAAAAUGGACAUUAUAUAAUAAUAAGAUGGAUGGAUUUCUGGAGAAUGGAAAGAUUGGUAUAAUAAGGAAGCUAUCGGACUUAGAUAAACAUUUGAAGCAUUUGGAAGAAGAGUUGGCAAAAAACGGACGAGAGAUAAGUUCUCUUCAAAUGGCUGCUGGUGUGGCGAGGCGAACAGAAGGUCGAGCGAACAUGAAUGACGCUGGAGAAUCGGACGGUUCCGACGGCACUGGAAGUUGGAUGAUAGACCUAACAGGUAGCGGUUUGUUACAUUUUAUACAAGCCUGCUUGCAAGAGCCAAAGUUCAAACAUAUUAUUAGAUGGACCGACAAACCUGAAAAUAAACAAUUUGAGAUCUUAGAUGGCCACAAAUUUGCGGAAAUGUGGGGACGAGAAAAGAAAAAGGAAGGUAUGACAAAGCGGAAGCUUAAUCGUAGCUUGUCUUAUUUGGUAAAAACCAAAGGGAAGUUGAUACGAUGUACAACUAAGAAGCUGCGUUUUACUAUCGUUUCCAGUACUAAAAAAGCCACAACGUUACAAAAACCGACGUUGCCUAACGCCGACAAUGUGUCACUUAAUAGUAUAACAAAGCCCAGCUUAAACAAGGACAGUAAUACCAACACAACAAAAGACACGACUAAUUUCCCUAAUGUUUUCUUGAAAAACGGUAACAAUUUUCCCACGCCAAAUAUUGACAUUAGUACAGGAUUACUCGCUUUACUGAAGAAAGAGACUUCAAACGGCGAAUUUUUCACGCCAAGAAAAAGAUUAAGCGGUGACAAUACGCCAUAUAUUAUGUCACCAGACAACAAACGAAUAAAGUCGUUAGCCCAUCAAUAUAAUUCUUUCUUACAAGCACAUAAUCAACAGAAUUCAAACUCGUUAGAGUUACCGCUAUCUAAUUACAUGUCAAAUUCAAACAGUCCAGUUAGUCAGAACUUAUCGCCUUCGUCAUCUGUUUGUAAUUAUGGAUUCGACGCUUCGCCGUACGGCGCACAUAACUCUCCUCAGAAUAACGCGACGAUGGAAACGCUUAAUGGAGUGACAAUUGCUCUCCAAAAUUCCAUGUCGACUGACAAUUUUCAAAGUGGCAUGCAGAUUUCGUAUACGCAACCUAGAUCGAACGAUACGUUGUCGAAUCAUUCACGUGAUCAAAGCUUGUCGUCCCCAGUUUCCUUUGACGACAUGAACAAUAAUGUUAAUACAAUUCAAUUAGGGAUUCCGACAAACACGCGAACUGAUUUGAGCCAGGCAUUUCAAGAUUUAGCCGCGAUAGAUCCUGCCUAUUUUCCUGGACUUGAUGUUCAUGAUUCUCUGCUAGAAUUGUAUUGAAUAUUUAAUAUUUUUAUACGUGACUAAAUUUGCUGUUAUUUAGAACUUUUUUCGGCUAUUUUUACAAACAAUUUUUAAGCCGAGUUACACUUACGCAAUAUUACAAAAAUAUUGUAACAAGAAAUAAUCUUGAUCGUGUACUCAUUGGUAUAUGGUACAAAAUAAUCAAUUGAAAAAUUCAAUUUAAUUUAAAAAUCAAAUGAUUGGGAAACGAUUUUUUCAUUCUUUAUUCUAAAAAAUUUUAAAAUAUUUUCAACUAUGAUAUAAAAACCAAAUUUUGAAAAAUUGAAUAUUUUUAUUAAUAUCGCACAAGUGUGAAAUUUUCUUUGGGCGGAGGUGUUACUACUAUUAUUAUAGGCGCGAUUAUAAUAGCUUUUUUGUUUACAGACCCCCCCGGCUUUUAAAUUUUCUUACAGAUAGACAGGGAGUAUUAUAAAUAUUUGAAACUCCAGUUUUACUUUUUUCAUUGUAUUGUAUAUUACCUAAUUUUUCGUCUUGAAGAUGUGGACAGAAAUGCGCCGUGUAAAUAUUGCACUUUUGAUAUAUAUCUACAAAAUAAAAAAGAAACACGGAA